AUGGCGGCUGAAGGGGCCUCAGGCUCCUCGGGCGCAAGCGAUGUCGAGCGGAUGAUGGCAGAACUUGGGCUGAAGGAAGAAGAUCUUGAUGAUGUGAUCUUUGAUGAGAAAGAUGCGCCUCCACAGGGACCCAGAUGGAUUGCUCUGGCUAGGGUAAACACCUCCAAAUCAUACAGUCAGACGUGGUUCUACAGAAACAUGCGGUCAGCAUGGAAUAUAGCACAGGAGGCCAAAUUUAAGCCCUUGGAAGAUAAUCUGUACUCAGUUCAACUGUCCUGUUUAGGAGAUUGGGAGAGAGUUAUGCAUGAGGGACCUUGGAAUUUCCAAGGGGAUGCAGUGCUUCUUGCGCCUUAUGAUGGGGUCUCAAAACCUUCAUCCAUCAAGCUGGAGACGAUUGACAUAUGGAUCAUGUUCCAGAUCUGUUUGCUCACCUGGUUACUCCACUAG